AUGGGAAUCGCCAACCAAGUACCCAGCAGGGACCGGGUUACCGAGCUAAACGAGUCACCAGAGCAGAAACAGCGUAAACUUCGUGCAGUAUUCAUCGAGUACCAGCCAACCAAACACACGAGCAGCUCACUGCGUCCCUUCCAUCACGCAAGGGUGGUAGUAACGGAAGUGGGCCAGCAUCUAAACGGAGAACCUCUCAAUGCGCAAUCCUCGGGUUUCGUCUACGACAGACAUGACGGCGUGGUCAUUGGCACAAGCACCAAGGACAAGGUCUUAGCGCAGAAGGACCCUCAGGAAUAUGAAGGUCUACCCAAUGGGUGGCAAUCCGUAUACUACGGGUUUACCGAUCAUUCCUUUGAAGAGAUUGGAAAUAUUGACUCGAAAAUUGGCUACAAUAUUGUCUUCAAUCAUUGCCACACUUUUGCAGAAGAUCUUGCCUUCCGCAUUGGGCAUGAAGCAUCUUUCAAGAGUAUUACCAAGUUCCCUGUUAAUUCUGUUAGCAGCGACCGACCGUUUGAAGCAUCCCAGAUCACAAGGGUGUUUGACCAUAGUGACCCGGGAAUAGAAUACAAAAGCAUUGCAGAUGCGAUGCGUGAGAGCAUGAUGGAUCGAACUCCGGAAUUCGAUGAAGAAGCAGUUAUGAUCUUAUCGGUGAUGGUAUUAUUUUUGAAGUUACUAUAUAGUAAUCUUAUAAACUUAAUUAGCUUAUAUUUUCUUGGUUAUUAA